GAGUGCUGUAGCUAUCUGCCGUACCACCAAAUGGAGACGUAGAUCCACCAGGCAGGGACGGUGUGUGGUCAAUAUCCGGGUUUAGUUCGAACACUGGAGUUUUCUGAGAAGGCGUGCUGGGAAAAAAGCUUCAUUGCUUGUGGAUCGAGCUUGGAGCCACAUGCAAACAUAGCCUUCUUGCUUGUAGACACUCACUGGACGAAGAUGAAGCUAGCGAUUGUUAUUCUCCUUUGCGGACUGGCUGCUCAGACACAGGCGGUGACUGACUCAGAGCCCCGUGUGUCCACCAAUGGAGGUUCACUGACAUUCAGCGCCGGCAGGAAUGGUGAUAUUGCUUUCCAAACUGGCACCGGCGGAUCUCUGUACCUGAAUGGUGGACAGAUACAAUCAGCUGCUGACCUGAAGGGUGCCAAGGGUGACGGUGGUGCAAAAGGUGAAGCUGGAGUUGACGGUACGAAAGGAGACCAAGGUAUCACUGGUAUCGAUGGUGCAAAGGGAGAUUCAGGCGCCAAUGGACAGCAAGGCAUCAAAGGAGACAUGGGAGUAGCAGGUGUGAAAGGUGACGGUGGCAGCACGGGACUAAAGGGAGACAUGGGAAUGAAGGGAGAGACUGGUACCAGCGGUGUCGAUGGACUCAAGGGUGCGGCUGGCGUACAGGGACCUAAGGGCACAGCUGGUACAAAGGGUACAGCUGGUACAGAUGGUACGCCGGGUACACCCGGUACACCGGGCACACCGGGUAAAGUGGGUGGCAAGGGAGAAGUCGGUCCGCCUGGUCCUACAACAGUUUCUGGUAGCGAUGGUUGUGCUCUUGGCCUUCUUCCAUCGUGCCCGUACUGGCUGAAUCUGGAUACGACUAGCCUUCAGGCCAACACACCUAACCAGGUCCUGAGACUGGCGACUGGCAAUAUGGAGAAGUACUUUCAUCCCAUGUAUGAAGCCAGUUUUACGUGCAAGUUCUAUGGUCUGAGCUCAUCCAGAACCAUGUACUCCAGCAAGGCUACCCUUACUUCUGAAGUGUAUACAAAAACUGGCAAGCUUUUCUAUUCAAUCAACUGCACCGUGCCGUCCUGGCCAUUGAAAUCAUCCGCCGGCGCUUUGCCAGUGACAGAGGAGAUUGCCAACGUGACACUUUGGUUCCAGGAUACCACGGAAGUGCAGUUCGCAGGAAUGGGAACAUCCAACCAGGUUCAAUUCUCAGUCGGUUGGUUCAACACCACUACCCAGUCUGAUGGCUCUGUGCUAGUUUAUGGUAUCGGGUUCAAUACAUCUGCAUCAUUCCUUUGUCAGUUCUCUAACACAUCGUCACUGGGUGUGAUGCUGCAUGUCAAUGCCACCACACAGCUGGCAGCAAACAGCAGCUAUGUUCGCUGCAAUCCACCCCACUGGAACUUCACUGCUGACUCCAGAAUCAGCAUCUUGACUCAGAUGCGUAUCUUUGAGGAGGAUCGUGUGACAAAGGCAGUUCUCUAUGAAGUCCCGUUCCGUGGCACACUGAAGAAGGAUGACCUCUACAUGUACUACCGAUGUCGUGAUGGGGUCGCCAACGGAGCUGAAACCGAUAUCGACUGUGGUGGAUUGUGUCCGAAUCUCUGCCCGCACGGCGCAAAGUGUAAUGUGGACUCAGACUGCGUCGCUGGCAAAUGCUCGACAACACUGAAGCAGUGUCAAUCACUUGGACAGUCUGCCAAAUCUCCAGCACCAAACUGCAAAUCCGUAACGUAUAAUUCAAGUGGUAUAGCCUGGAUCAAAUGGGCCGGUGCCAGUGGUGGAUCUGUGCAGACUUAUUGUUUGCUGGACAAGUCAAUCGAUGGUGGCGGAUGGACCAUGGUAUGGAAGCACUCCUACUUUGAGGGACCUUACAAAACUCGCCUCAACGAUAUGCGCUCCUACAGCAGUUACUAUCAGCCAUGCCUGGGUGUACCCACAUCCACAGGAACCUGGUGCAACAUUCCCAAUAAGGUACAGACCGGUUACAAGGAGCAGAUGGUCAGUGCUUACUACAAGGGCAAGCUGGUAUACGCCUACAAAGCCAAUAUCAACUCUAACCUUGGAAAGUCCAAUUCUGGUGUCUACUUGUCGUCCACCAACAAUGUGUAUGAUAUCUGCACAGCGAAGAGGGGCACCAGGCCCAGCUAUUCUUCUUCUAGCAGUGCCUCAAGCGGCAUUACAUUUGACAAGUAUUCACCUGACAGCUUUACCUCCAACUGUGAUACGGACUGGAGCAGCUACAACACAGACUGUCGCUGGGAGAAUUGCCAGCUGCCAAAGUCCAUCUCGCCGGUAAUUUGGCACACACAGAUGACCGUGAUCAUUUGGGUGCGCUAGACGCAUCUCGUCAAUUUCAAUUCCUCACCAAAGCAAUGCUGGCUUCAAUUUCCUCAUCCCAUCAUGGUUUCAGCCCCCCCCCCCCCCGCGUUUUUCUAGCCGACUUUGACCCUAGUUUUGUUUCUAUACGCAAUUGGCACGGCAGGUAGUAACACCUAAGUGCAAAUUUCUCUUCCAUCCUGUACUAGUAAAUGCAGGGCUGGCACCCAACUCGGGAUUUAUCCCGUAGCUUAGGUCUGAAUCUAUAUUGGACGGCUGUUAGUUUGAAAUCCCAGUUUUGAAGCCGGGCUGCUGUGUUUUUCAACAACCUCCCCUGUUCUGUUCAGACUAAAACAGAUCCUUACCUCUCGCUCAGUAAAUUUUAGGAGAUGCCAACUUAUAUACAGAGUCCGGUUAUAGAAUUAAUCCCCUCCCCUCGAUUUACCUCAAUAACGAAAGUUUAGUCACACUUUUUCAUUUUGGAACCAUUAUGGAAUGUGCGCUAGAUAACAUUGAUAGGAUUUCCUAAGGGCAAAAAUCUGAAGAACAUUAAUUUUGUUUGUCACAACCAGACCUCGAGCCAGGGGCCUUUAGACCCACUCUUCACUUCAUUUUUCUUUCCUACAGGAAAAGUGUUUUGCAAUGCGUAUAUGGCCAUGGCCAUGCGACAGGGCAAAAUAAUUAUGUUGAAGUCAA